GGCCUCGGCGGCCAGCCCCGGCGCACAGCCGCGGCCGGGGCGCGCGGCGCGGGGCGGAAAAGCCUGUUUACACAGACUGCACACCGCCUGGGGAAUAAUGCAGUAAAGGAAGUGAGCCGGCUCGGCCUGACUGCUCCAACUUCCUGCUCUCACACACACACCAGAGGAAAAAAAAAAGAGGAGCGAGAGAAAGAAAAAAAAGGGGGGAAAAAUCAGGAUCUCAUUACAAGAGCAACAGACCGUCUGCAGACGCCUGUCAGCAUGGAAAGUCGGGGGCUUUCGCCCGGUUCCUCCUAGAAAUUCCCCCGAAGAAGGAUCUUGAAAGCUCCCCCACAUCUGGGUAUGGAGAGUGCAAUCACACUGUGGCAGUUCCUGUUGCAGCUGCUGCUGGACCAGAAACAUGAGCAUCUGAUCUGCUGGACCUCCAACGAUGGUGAAUUCAAGCUCCUCAAAGCAGAAGAAGUGGCCAAACUGUGGGGCCUCCGGAAGAACAAAACAAACAUGAACUAUGAUAAGCUGAGCAGAGCCCUUCGAUACUAUUAUGACAAGAACAUCAUCAAGAAGGUGAUUGGGCAGAAGUUUGUGUACAAGUUUGUCUCUUUCCCGGAGAUACUGAAAAUGGACCCUCACGCGGUGGAGAUCAGCCGGGAGAGCCUUUUGCUGCAGGACAGCGACUGCAAGGCGCCUCCUGAGGGCCGAGAGGUGCACAGACACGGCUUGUCGGCCCUCAAAAGCGCAAGCCGCAACGAAUACAUCCACUCAGGCCUGUACUCGUCCUUCACCAUUAAUUCCCUGCAGAACCCGCCGGAAUCCUUCAAAGCAAUCAAGACGGAGAAGCUGGAGGAACAGCCGGAAGACAGCCCUCCCGUGGAAGAAGUCAGGACUGUCAUCAGGUUUGUGACCAAUAAAACCGACAAGCACACCAGCAGGCCCGUGGUGCCCCUGCCCUCCACGUCUGAGGCCUUCCUGGCCUCGUCGGCCUCAGCCAAGGUCUCCUCUUUAAUGUUGCCAAAUGCCGCCAGCAUUUCGUCCGCGUCACCCUCCUCGUCUCGGUCCCCGUCCCUGUCCCCCAGCUCGCCCCUCCCUUCUGAACACAGAAGCCUCUUCCUGGAGGCCGCCUGCCAUGACUCCGAUUCCCUAGAGCCCUUGAACCUGUCAUCGGGCUCCAAGACCAGGUCUCCAUCUCUUCCCCCAAAGGCCAAAAAACCCAAAGGCUUGGAAAUCUCCGCGCCCCCGCUGGUGCUGUCCGGCACCGACAUCGGCUCCAUCGCCCUCAACAGCCCAGCUCUCCCCUCGGGAUCCCUCACCCCAGCCUUCUUCACUGCACAGACACCAAAUGGAUUGCUUCUGACCCCGAGUCCACUGCUAUCCAGCAUACAUUUCUGGAGCAGCCUUAGUCCAGUUGCUCCACUGAGUCCUGCCCGGUUGCAAGGGCCAAACACGCUGUUCCAGUUUCCAACACUGCUUAACGGCCACAUGCCAGUGCCAAUCCCCAGUCUGGAUAGAGCUGCUUCUCCAGUACUGCUUUCUUCGAACUCUCAGAAAUCCUGAUGACAUCUGGCCACAGUUAAAGACUUAUUAACUGAUGAAAUAAAUUUGUCCCCAUGGGCUAGUUUACCUGUGUCAUGAGAAGGACGUUGUGAAACCCUGUUAAUUUGGUUUGCACUUUUCAUAACAUGGAUGGUCUAGAUUUAUGUUAGCAUUUUUAAAACCUUUUUUUAUAUUCAAGUAUAUAUGAAGAUCUGUUUGGCAUUAAGUGAUUUUUUAAUUUUUUUUUAUAUCCUCUUAGCUCUUAAGUGUUGAACACUGUUGACAGUGAAGAACUUUUCUUAAUGGUUUUCAGUGUAACUAAUAAGGAUGUGAAGCUUUUUUUCUUUCUAAUUCCGCAUAUGCUGAACUAUGCUUAUAGACACUAUAACCAGCUGUGCCUUCCUUUGCAUUUAGUUUUAUGUAAAUGGUUUAUAUAUUUUUUAGUAUUAAGAGAAAAUGUUUGGAAGACAAAAAUUAGUAUCAAACAGCUCUCUAGUAGAAUCAUUAUUUUUCACAAGUAGGCAAAAUGAAAGCUUAUUCAUAUUUUUUUUCGCUUUCAAUUGUAUAAGAAUUGCCUUAGAACCUCUUUUGAACUGACGUUCAGUAAAUGUCCAAUUUCGUGUUUUUAUAAAAGAAACUAAGCCAUAUUUAGAAAAUAAACAUUCACAAAAGAAAAUGU